GUUGAGGGUCAUUCACACCAGAAAAAAGAGAGAAAACCAGAGAGAAAAAAAAAAAAAAAUUAGAGUGGUGAGAUCAAAUUGAGUGAAUUAGGACGUUCAGGUGUUUUCUUCUACUUUCCCUCCCCCCCCCUUCUCUGUAACAUCCCGCUUCUCUGAAUCCCUUUCUGUUAAUCAUCUGUCUUUCAAAAAGAAAUCUUGAUUUUAGGUUUGUGUUCUCAACGCAAAAAAUAUGGAUAGAAAGCAAACUUAGAAGGGUUUUUCUAAGAAAGCCAGGUGUUUUCAGAAUCGAGAUCCAGGUUCUUGUUUUAUUGAUUUUUCAAGGCUUUUUAUUUUUUUUUUCUGUCCUUGUUAGAUCUGAUUUUUCUUUUUUAUUUUAUUUUUUGUAAUUUUCGUGUAGAGAAAAUCAGCUUGGAGGGUGAUUUUUGGUUCCCUCAUAGUUGGUUUUGUAGGUUCUUUGAUUUGAAGGGGUUGCUUAUUUGAAACCUCUUUGAUCUUUUUCUGUUGUAGAAAGAAGCAGCUCUUUUUAUUAAAAAAAUUUCAUUUGGUGCCUGUCUCUUUUUAAUCUUGACAAGAAGCAGGUUAAUUUCAUAAUUUUUCUCUGUCGUCUCAAGUCAAAAAUUUUCUUCAGUCUCUAAGAUAUGGCAGCUACCAUGGAUUUUUGCAGUAGCAGACCAGUUCAAGCAGGUCCCUUCGGGGACGAGCUUAUGGAAGCACUUGAGCCUUUUAUUAAAAGUGCUUUAUCUUCUUCUCCUUCUCCUCCUCUCUCCUCAUCUUACCAGAUUCCAUCUUGUACUUCCUCCUCUAGUUAUUCUUCUGCCAAUGACAUCUCUUUCUGCCCUUCAUUUUCUACCAACACAACACAACCCAGUCUAUACUCGGGUGAUUGCUGUACCACCUCUAUGCCUCAACCUAUUUCAAACGCGCACUCGGUUCAUGAUCCGUCGGCUCUCCAGCAAUCGGGGUCGAUCGGGCUGAAUCACCUCACUCGGUCUCAGAUGAACCAGAUCCAGUCGCAAUUUCACCUCCAGAGUCAACAAAGCCCGUCUUUACUGUACCAAUAUUAUCCUCAACAGCAGCAUGCCUUUCAGUUCCUCAGCCCAAAGCCUGUUCCAAUGAAGCAAGUUGGUUCCCCCCCAAAGCCCACCAAGCUCUACAGGGGUGUGAGGCAGCGGCAUUGGGGCAAGUGGGUCGCCGAGAUCCGCCUGCCGAAGAACCGGACCCGGCUUUGGCUCGGCACCUUCGAUACGGCCGAGGAAGCAGCCUUAGCUUACGACAAGGCAGCUUACAAGCUCCGAGGUGACUUCGCUCGGCUCAACUUCCCCAAUCUCCGCCACCGGGGAUCCCACAUCGACGGCGAGUUCGGCCAGUACAAGCCCCUUCAUUCCUCAGUGGACGCAAAGCUUGAUGCUAUCUGUGAAAGUUUAGCAGAGUCGCAGAAGCAGGGGAAAGUGGGGAAGCAACAUGUUGGCUCCGGCAAGAAGCGAGCCAGGCCUCCUCGUAUGGAGCCAGAGGUUGAGCCACCGCAGGCUAUACAAGGUUCAGAUUCGAGAACGUUAGAGACGGUUAAGGGCGAGAAGAAUUCCUCCCCGUCGCCGGUGAUGACCGAGAGCGAUGGGUCUGCAGGAUCUUCACCUUUAUCCGAGAUCACGUUCGGUGAAAUGGACAACGAGCCGCAGUGGAGUAUUGUGCCGGAGAACUUCAUGUUGCAGAAGUACCCUUCAUACGAGAUCGAUUGGGCCUCCAUAUUGUCAUGAAUAUUUGUAGUUUCUGUGGUUUUAGUUUAUGAUGUAUGUCAAUGUAGUAGUGGGAGAUUAGGAGUGGGUAACGGUCCGCUGCAAUGAAGUUUUUGGCAAUUGCAGGGUCCAAUGUGAAGUGAGUCGUUUAGGGUAAUAAGCAGUACUGUUAAUAUUAUUAUGUAAUAAUGUCCACCGCUGUCAGCUGGUUUUUUGUCUUUGCUAGACCGGUGAGAUGAAUUCUUGUAAUAGCAUGUGUACAAGUUUAGAGUUUGUAAUUGAAUUUGUUUGAAAAGUUUGUCUCUGUUUA